UUUGGUGGAAAAGUCUGCCAAAGACAUGUAAAGUCUUUCUAAUUUGGCCCAAAGAAUACUCUCUAUUCCUCUCCUUCCCUUAGCAGUGGGAAGGACUCUCUUUGAUUUUACCCAGAGAAACAAAAAAAAAAACCAUGUACCGUUCUCAUCUUAGAAUCAUCACCGGUGUCUACCUCUUCCACCUUCUUACGUUUACCGGCGCGAAUGACUCGCCUGUCCAAUAUUAUCCUGUAGAUGACAUUGCCGUUAACUGUGGCUCCUCUGGAAGUUCAUCUACUUUUGAUGGCCGGGAAUGGGUCGGAGAUAUGGGUUCAACAUUUACUUCACCGAAAGAAGCAGAAGGAAAAUCAAUAAGCUCAUCAACAACUGUCCACCAAUCACUUUUUGCCGAUCCUGUUCCCUACAUGACCGCUUGGAUCUCUCGUGCUCCAUUCACCUAUACAUUUCAACUCAGACCAGGUCAGAAAUUCAUCCGAUUGCACUUCUAUCCAACUUCAUACCCUGGUUUUGAAAGAUCUAAGGCCCAUUUUACUGUUAAAGCUGGUCCUUACACCCUCCUCAGCAAUUUCAGCGCCCCUCUUACUGCUGAUGCUUUGGGUGUAAGUUAUUUUGCAAAAGAAUUCUGUUUGAACAUCAAAGAAAGUCAAGUCUUCAACAUAACAUUCUUUCCAUUUAAAAGUACUACUUCUUCAUAUGGUGAUAAUGUUUAUGCUUUUAUAAACGGAAUUGAGAUCGUUUCCAUGCCUGCCGGUCUUUAUUACACUCCAGAUGGUGAUUUGGGCGCUCAUGUCGUUGGCAAUAAGUUUUUUCGAUACCAUAUUGAUAAUGACACUGCAUUAGAGAUGGUUUACCGGUUAAAUGUUGGUGGGAAAUUCAUUUUAGCAGUAGAAGAUUUGGGCAUGUUUCGUAUGUGGAAUGAGGACAAAAAUUACCUGUUACAAUCAAGUUUUUUACAAGUCAAUACAAGAAAUAUGAUCACAUACACAAACAUACCCAUAUAUUCUGCACCGCUUAAAGUUUAUCAAACUGCAUGGUCAAUUGAUUUGAACCAACAAACAAACCAAGUUUACAACUUCACGUGGAAAUUACCAGUAGAUUUGGGAUUCAGAUAUUUAGUUAGGCUUCAUUUUUGUGAGCUUGAAUCCAUCAUCACUGAAAGCGGGCAAAAAAAGUUUGAUCUCCUAAUAAACAAUAAGUUUAUUGAGAUUGAUGCUGAUGCGAGCAGUGGAUAUGGGGUUGCAGCAUACAAGGACUAUGUGGUCAUGAUGGAAGGAGACCGGAUGGAGUGCAGACGUGAUCUAAUCAUAACUUUGCAGCUGAAUUAUGAGUCGAGCACUAAAAAAGUUCAUGCCACCCUCAAAGGUAUAGAGAUAUUUAAGUUGAGCAACCCCGACAAUAGUCUCGCCGGUGUGAAUCCUGUUUUCACAUCAUAUGCUGUGACAUCUAGGACUCCAAGACUCCGAAAAUUAUUUUCAGCUUUUGGCAUCAAAAAUAAGAUUGCAACGGGCAUAAUUAUUGUACUCACUUUAUUGAAUUUCAUUGUUUACCAUUUAAAUUGUUUAGAAUCAAACUCUAGCAAAAUAAAGAGCUCGUCGUCAUUGGAUGCGGAGGAGUUGCACCGACGCUUCUCACUUGUUGAGAUCCAGUUGGCCACCAACAACUUUGAUGAUGGACUAGUCAUUGGUAAAGGUGGAUUUGGUAACGUGUAUAAAGGGUUCAUUGACAGGACAAGGUGUGUGGCCAUAAAGCGGUUGAAUUCGCAAUCCAAACAAGGGGCUCACGAGUUUUGGGCUGAGAUCAACACCCUUUCUAUGCUUCGGCACAAUCAUCUCGUCUCUCUAAUUGGCUAUUGCGAUGAUUGUCAGGAGAUGAUCCUGGUCUACGAGUACAUGGUCCAUGGGACCCUUGCUGACCAUCUCCACAAGGCUAGUAUAAAUGGUAGUGGCAGCUAUCCUCUUUCUUGGGAACAACGACUAAACAUCUGUAUUGAUGCUGCGCGUGGGUUGGAGUUCCUGCAUACGAGUAGCGGUGCCCACCACAGUAUCAUACACCGCGAUGUGAAGAGCUCAAACAUUUUGUUGGAUGAAAAUUGGGUGGCUAAGAUAUCUGAUUUUGGGUUGUGUAAAAUGGACAAUGCAGGCCAAUCACACACCCACAUUAGCACUGAUAUUAAAGGCACAUUUGGGUACUUAGAUCCAGAGUAUUUCUUGACUCGUAGACUGACAAAGAAAUCUGACGUGUACGCCUUUGGUGUGGUAUUGUUUGAAGUAUUGUGUGGGCGGCCGGCUGUUGAUGUAAGACUUGAGCAGCGUGGUCUAGCCCUAUGGGCCAAACAUUGCAUCAAAGAGGGAGAACUUGAUCAAAUAGUUGAUCCCAGCGUGAGGGAGCAAAUAUCGCCUCGUUGUUUGAAAGUUUUUACCGAAAUUGCCACCAAAUGCUUGCACAAUAAUCCAAACGAACGGCUUACAAUGGCUGAUGUGGUGGCUGGCCUCGUGUAUUCACUGCAGCCUGAGGAGAAGGCCUAUUCUUAUGCAGAUCAAGAAAUUGUUCUGCCAACUGAACGGCUUACAAUGGCUGAUGUGGUGGCUGGCCUCGUGUAUUCACUGCAGCCUGAGGAGAAGGCCUAUUCUUAUGCAGAUCACGAAAUUGUUCUGCCAAGUAAACGGCUUACAAUGGUUGAUGUGGCGGCUGGCCUCGUGUAUUCACUGCAGCCCGAGGAGAAGGCCUAUUCUUAUGCAGAUCAAGAAAUUGUUCUGCCAAGUGAUGCCGGCCGACAAAGUUUUGCAAGUGGUGGGGAUGAGGCAUAUCCAACUGGGCAGAUCUUGCCCACCCCCAAUUUAAGAAUCUUCACACGUGCGGAAUUGGAAGCAGCAACUGAAUUUUUCACACGUGCUACAGAGUUGCAUUGCGAUAAGUUGCGAGCAAGUCGUUUCGGGAGAGUUUACAAGGGUUGGCUCGAUGAGAGGGCGACAUCUAAGAACGGUGGUAGAACAGUCAUUGCCGUCAAGAAGUUGUAUUAUGAGAUCAUGCAACAAUUUGUAGGGUGGCAGGCGACAUCUAAGAACGGUGGUAGAACAGUCAUUGCUGUCAAGAAGUUGUAUUAUGAGAGCAUGCAACAAUUUGUAGGGUGGCAGUCUAUGGUGAAUUUCCUAGGAAGGCUUUCUCAUCCUAACAUUGUUAAGUUGCUGGGAUACUGUUGGGAGGAUGGAGAGCUACUCCUUGUCCAUGAAUUCAUGCAAAAGGGUAGCUUGGAGAAACACCUUUUUGGAAGGGGAUUAUCUGUUCAGUCACUUCCAUGGGGCAUACGGUUUAAGAUUUUAAUGGGAGCAGCUCGGGGCCUGGAAUUCUUACACACAUCAGAAAAACAAAUAAUUUAUAGUAACUUCAAGACAUCAAAUAUAUUGCUUGAUGCGUGUUAUAAUGCCAAGAUAUCAGACAUUGGUAUGGCAAAAGUGGGCUCCUCUAAUGGUGAAAUCUAUGAGGUACCAUGGCUUAUCGGCCCAUAUGUCUAUGCUGCACCCGAAUAUAUUGCCACAGGAUAUCCGGAUGUAAAGAGCGACUUGUAUGGUUUUGGCGUUGUAUUGGUUGAAAUGCUAACUGGGUUGCGGGCACUUGACACAAACCGUCCAAAUGGGAAACGCUAUCUGGUUGACUGGAUCAAACCAUAUUUUAAGAAAAAAAUGAAGUUGAAGGAUGUAAUGGACUCCCGGUUUGAAGGGAAAUAUCCUUCCAGAGCCGCUACACAAAUGAUUCAACUUGCUCUAAGAUGUCUUGAACGUGAACCCAAAUACAGGCCAUCAAUUAAAGAAGUUGUGGAGAAUCUAGAAUUGAUUGAAACCAUUAAUGAAAAACCAGAGUCAAGCCUAGCAACCUUUGCACCAUCGUCCUCCACCUCACCCAAGGGUAAGAUAAAAAUCAAGCCUAGCCACACUGAGCCCCACUAGUGUGAAGACUUUGAUACUGCACUUCCUAUGAAGAGCUAUUUGCAUAGAUGUUUUUGUUGGUUGUUUCUUACACCCUUCGAGUCCCCUAUUUCCUCUAUUAUUCAAUGUCUUGAUAUAUAUAAUGGAGUUUUGUUGUUGUA